CGAAAUCCAAUUAAUUAUUAAUUAUUCUUUCUGCAAUUGGAAAUAUAUAUGGAGUUUAAGAACUCAAGAGAAGGAGUCAUCUUAAGAGUGUUAAGGGACGCUCCGCCUAGUCAUUACUUGUUAAAAAUUCACUCUUUCUCAUCUUUUAGCAAUAUAAACAAGUUCAUCUCAGACAAUUUUGAUGCGGGGGGCUUCCAAUGGAAAUUGUGUCUCUAUCCAAAUGGGGACAAGGAGAAUCACGGGGAAGGUCAUAUAUCUGUUUACUUAGAAUUGACAGAAAUGAGUUCUCUCUCAAUUGGGUGGGAAAUCAAUGUGAUUUUUAAUUUUUUUGUAUUUGAUCAGCUUCAGGACAAGUAUGUUACAAUGCAAGAUAGGAGAAUAAGGCGUUUCCAUUCAAUGAAGACAGAAUGGGGCUUUCCCAAAUUCUUGGACCUGGAAACCUUUCGUAAUCCAGCAAACGGAUACCUUAUCAAAGACACUUGUGUCUUUGGUGCGGAGGUUUUUGUUGUCAAAAAUACUUUUAAGGGGGAGUUUUUAUCAAAGAUGGAAGAUCCUGCUACUCAUUAUCAUACCUGGAUAGUUAAAAAUUUUACGACAUUAACUAAUAAAAAAUACUUUUCUGAAUCAUUUGGACCAUACAAAUGGUAUGUUAUUCUCUUCCCUAAUGGACAUAGUGAGGGCAAGGGAAAAAAUAUUUCCAUUUAUUUGUCGUAUGAUCGGUCUUUUAAUGCUAAAUUAUUUGUAGAUUUCACUCUACGUGUCAAAAAUCAAAGGACUGCCCUUUAA